AUGGAUCUGUGGCGAGGCUACGGCUACUACCCACCGUCACUGGCAGCCGCCUCUGCUGCCAGCCCCAUUGCGCAACAUGUGCCCACUCAUCUGGGCCCGUCUUUUGCUCCACCGCUAGCUCAUGCUCUCGCGCCUUUCCCCAUCGACAACGGUCACACCGGAGUUAAUCAGCUGGGAGGAGUGUUCGUCAAUGGACGUCCCUUACCGGAUCACAUUCGCGGCCGAAUUGUCGAGAUGGCACAUCAGGGCGUUCGACCGUGCGAUAUUUCUCGACAGUUGCGGGUAAGCCAUGGCUGUGUGUCCAAGAUACUCGGAAGGUUUUAUGAGACGGGAUCUGUGAAACCAGGUGUAAUUGGAGGAUCCAAGCCAAAAGUGGCUACCCCGCAGGUUGUUGGACGAAUUGCCGCCUACAAAAGAGCAAACCCAACGAUGUUUGCAUGGGAAAUCAGAGAAAAACUGCUGCAGGAACGAGUCUGUGAUCCUGACAACGUGCCAUCAGUUUCAUCAAUAAAUCGAAUUGUUCGAAACAAGACAUCAAUGUCGACAAGUCCAUCAGGAAUUGUGUCCUCCCAAGCAAUCAUAGCUCCACCUCGGACGAAUCCUCAAAAUUUUCAACCAAACGCCGCCUACUCUAUCAACGACAUUCUCGGCUUCGAGCAAAAGCACAAAGAGUGGUUUCGAGGCAAAGACGACUAUGUUGUGGACUGGAUGCGACCUGCAGCCGCCACCGCCUAUACCAUCGACGGUAUCAACGCCAGCGUCGUGACAGCCCAUACUACCGCUGACAAACCACCAUCACAGCAGCAGCAGCAAGGUCCGAACUCGUUCUUGCUACCGUAA